GCAGCAGAGCAGCAAGCAAGCAGCGGCGGCGGCGGCGGCGGAGCGGCAGUCGGAGGAAGAGAGCGGAGCGAGCUGCGGUGAACACACAAGAGUUUCGGUGCUGCUCUCCCGGGCAGCAGAAAGAACAGAGGUCGCCUGACAGUCACCUGCCAGCGGCCACAGAAGAGGAGAGAGCUAGGCUCGGUCACGGAGGACUCUUUGUACCGAGCGGCUUUGCGAUAAAACCGCAAGGAAACACCGAGGGAGGGAGCCGAAGUGGCCGCCGCAUCGCUCCUGUGCGAAGAAAUCCAGGAAAAGAGCGUUCAGAGAGACCCGGCGUUCAACAAGAAGGAGACGGAGGCGAGCAGAGGAGACGCUCUGAAUGCAGCUGAAGAGGAUCAAUCCACACUGAGGAAUAAAAGACACUGCGCUGUGGAUUUCUCCUUUUUUUUUCUACAAGGAGGAUUGACAUUAACGGUAACAGUAAUGUGUGACCUCCACAUCUGCCUGGUAGAAGACAGACUUUGUAGUUUUUCUUCUUUUUGAACCUUUUGACCGUUGAGUUUUAGAGGAACUCUGACGGGAACUCUUUUCCUUUUGAACUUUCACAAUCGCUUUUUUUUUUCUCUCUGUUUUUUCCCCUUUCUGUUAUCUCCCCGUGUCGCUUCGAGAUAACGUUUUUGUGACUCUGAAAAGGAAGCAGAGGAGCUGACUCACUCAAGUUUCUCUAACAGGAACUUGAGAAGCUUUUUCAUUCUACUUUUGGCUUUCACAAGGGGACAAAUCCUCUCUUGUGUGUGUGUGUGUGUGUGUGACAGAGUGUGUGUUUGUGUAGCCGAGUGUCCCUGUGAGAUACAUUAUCGUGAAUCAGGGGACAGUUAGCCGACUGUUUUGUGUCCUCCGGGAAAAAAAUGGGAUCAGAAAAGGACUCAGAGUCGCCUCACUCCUCGGUGAGCGGCGUCCCAAACCCUAAGUGCCGAGCGGCCGGCAAGCGCCAGGGCCGCAUCUCCUUUCACAGCCUGUUCCACAGCAAACGAGGCUCCCGGGGCGCCAAGGGCCCCAAAGGAGGAGUGGCCCCCCCUUUGACCCAUCAUCUCCACACACAACAACAGCUUCUCCCCUCUGCCUUGAGCUCAGCGUCCGCCGCAGCCGCAGCCGCAGCCACGCCAACGACAACCACCACCACAGCCGCGACGACCCCGCAGGAUGCCGGCAACAGCACCCCGUCAAAGCCACUGUCCUCCAGCCAGCCGUCCCUGGGCGGAGCCCCUGCUGCUGGCGAGAACAACCUCCUGGAGUGCCCCCUGUGCCUGGUGCGCCAGCCCGCCGAACAGCUCCCCGAGCUGCUGGGCUGCAGCCACCGCUCCUGCCUCUGCUGCCUGCGACAGUACCUCCGCAUCGAGAUCACAGAGAGCCGAGUCCAGCUCAGCUGCCCAGAGUGCGCCGAGAGACUCGCCCCGCAACAGGUGGCGGACAUCUUGGAUGAUGCGGCGCUGCUGGAAAAGUACGAGGAGUUCCUGCUGCGGAGGUGCCUCGCAUCCGAUCCAGAUUGUCGAUGGUGCCCAGCGCCGGACUGCGGGUUUGCCGUCAUCGCCUCGGGCUGUGCCAGCUGUCCCAGGCUGGUGUGUCGCAGAGAAGGCUGCGGUGCCACACCUCUCAGCCUCCGCAGAGAGCGUCUGGAUCAAAAGUAACCACAGUCUCACGCUUUCAAGCACACACACACACAUGCACAAUCUGAUGACAUCAAGCCGUGCCCUCGCUGUGGUGCCUACAUCAUCAAGAUGAAUGACGGGAGCUGCAAUCACAUGACCUGCGCCGUGUGCGGCUGCGAGUUCUGCUGGCUCUGCAUGAAGGAGAUCUCCGACCUGCACUACCUCAGUCCUUCCGGCUGCACCUUCUGGGGGAAGAAGCCAUGGAGCAGGAAGAAGAAGAUACUGUGGCAGCUGGGCACUCUGAUCGGAGCUCCGGUCGGAAUCACUCUCAUCGCGGGCAUCGCUGUUCCCGCCAUGGUCAUCGGUAUCCCUGUUUAUGUCGGCCGCAAGAUCCACGCCCACUACGAGCUGAAGAAGUCGUCUCGUCACAGAAGGAACCUGGCCAUCACAGGGGGCGUGGCCUUGUCCAUCGUCACAGCCCCAGUCAUCGCAGCUGUCAGCGUGGGUAUCGGCGUUCCCAUCAUGCUGGCCUACGUGUACGGCGUGGUGCCCAUCUCUCUGUGUCGGGGGGGAGGCUGUGGUGUCAGCAGGGGGAAGGGGCGAGGAGUGCGCAUCGACUUUGAUGAAGACGAUGGUCCAAUCACAGUGGCGGAUGCGUGGCGAGCCCUGAAGUCGCCCAGCCUGGGAGAGAGCAGUCUGGACGGGGCGGUUAGCGGGAUGAGCACCACCUCCCCCAGCGAGGGGCUCUCCGUGGCCCCCGGGACUCUGGGGGACACUCCCCACUUUAACACCCUGGCGGGCGGCGCCCUGGGGACACGCACCAGCAAAUACAGCAGGUUGGAGGUGCAGGCGGGAGAGCUGGCUAAAGAGUCCGCUCAGAGGGAGACGGGCAGCCUGGGAGCAGGGAGCGACUGCGCCAGCACCCGAGGGAUGGCCGGAUCUAUAAUCUCCUCCUACACACUACCUGACAGGGACUGCACCAACCUGGAGAUCCAGGUGGACAUCGAGACCAAACCCAGCCAUCUCUGCCUGACCAGCGAAGAGGACCUAACCCCGCCUCCCGGCUCUGCUGCCAUGGCGACCGUCUCAGGAGGGGAGGAGCCCCAGGACUGCAGCUCCAGGAGGGGCGGGGCUUUGUCCGGCUCUGCGUUGGGACUGUCUGCAGGCGCGUCGAUCCGGGAGGGGCUCCGAGACGUCACGCUGGCCCAGCCGGAGAGCAUCCGCAGCGACCUGGAGAUGUCGGACACUCAGUCGGACGACAUCGCAGAGCUGACAUCCGACGACUGUGACUCCCCACACCCAAAAAGCUGUCACCUGGCCGCCGGCCAGCAGGCCCAGCCCCCCUCCUGCCGAGCCCUAAACCCCCCCGAAGGCCUUCACUGUCCCGCAGACGGCAACGUCAUCCUCUACGUCUGAGAGAAACGCUGCUCUCAGGAUUGCACAAAAAACAAACACCCCCCCCCGCAAAGAUUACACAUUUAUCCUCCUCUUCUUCAUCAUGGCUUUUUCUCUUUAUUUCUGGUUUGCUGCUUCUGUGACUCACACACACACACACACACACACACACACACACGUCUUCAACACAAACAGUUUGCUUACUUUUGUCCGUCUGUCUUAUCUUUCUACCUGUCAAUCUCCUCACUGAGAACAUUGUCAGGGUUCUACCUCUGAGAUUUCUAACACGAUGAUUUAUGUUUACUCCUCGGUGCAAAUGCCUUGGCUACUUAAGCAAAAAAAAAAA